AUGAAACCGAAAAAGCUAGUGGUCGAGGAGCAGGUGCCGGUCGAUUACCUGGAAGAUUACGACGAGAAGUUAGUACAACUGAACAGGCGGUUGGCCGAUACCAGAACCGAGCACCAUCGGGCCAGAGAUGCCCUGGACGAUGGUGAGGCCGACUACGUCGGAACCAAGGAACGGCGUGAUAUGGUGCUCGGCGAGAACGGCCGCCUGAUUGCCGAACGCCAGAAGUCCGUGGAUGUGCUGGUGGCCGAGAAACAGCGGCUGGUGGCCGAGGUGAACAGCUACUGGGCCAUCGUGGACGCGCUGUACGAGAGCAGGGUCGUUCAGUUCGAGCGGAUGUUGACGCGCCUGAAGGAGGAUGCUGACUUUGUCAGGACCAGGUUCGAUACCGCGGUCCAGAGGAUAGAGAACAGGGCCACCAUGAUGGACAAGAUCACUCGGGCGUUGGAGAAUGCGAGCAACCUCAAGCAAAAACAACAAGAAGGCAUGUACGCCAACAGACAGAUAUUGGCAUGCUCGAUGUAUAAUUACACCGAGGAGUUGGAGAGAUAUAUCGGCAACUUCUUCGAAACAGUUUUAUUUGGCAGAUCUGACAAACUCAAUAGGGAAACAUUGCAAAACAUAAAAGACUACAACAGAUUUGUUAAGCAAUUUGACAAAUACAGAAGAAAUUAUAUCCCGGAAAGAAAAGAUACGCGAUUGGACAAACUGUACAAACAACAAGCCAGAAUAAAUAGAAAAUUGAAAAUACAGCAAAUGGUGGGAAAAAUGUUGAGAAAAAAAAAUGUAUUGCCGGAGAAGCCGCCAUAUGUAGGAGUUCAUCUUCUUCCAGAACAUAGCAAUUUAAAAAUUGAACCGCAGAGACAAAAUUCAGAACAUGAACCGCUCGUGGAGUUGGAUCCACUGGAAUCCGUUAUUAAACUAAAAAUAAAACAAGUGGAAGAGAUAACACAACAGGACAUAAAAGAAAAUGAAUCACGAGAGUGGAAAUGCAGUUAUUUAAACAAAUUAUUUGACGAAAUCAGAACUGUCAUGGAUAAGGUAAAAGAAUACGUAAACGAUGAAGGACAACCAACAUCGUAUGACACGGCUGACUUUGAAUGGUUAUUGAACAAGGGCGCAGUUGGACACUUUGCUACCUGCAAAACUGCGUCCAUACAGACAUACGAUUAUGACGUAAAAUUGAAUAUAAAUCAACCAUACACAGAGUGUUCCAGAAACAACUCACACGUGUAA